UUCGCAUCAAGAUGGCGGAGCGGGGAGUCGAGGUGCGGCGGCGGCGGCGGCUGUAGCAGCAACAACAACAACAACAACAACAGCAACGACCCCAGCGGCCCUGGCCUUGUAGCGGACACCCCUCCCUCGCCUGCUCCCUCACCCAGUGUAAAAGAAGGAAGGAGGAGAGAGAGAGAGAGACGGAGACGGAGCCGAGGCCGAGGCUGCUCUCGCCCCCACACACACACACACCCCGCCUCCUCCUCCUCCAGCGCGGCCCCGCUCUCCUCUCCCCACCCCACCCACUCUCGUAUGAAUUCCGCCGAAGGCAACUCGGAGUGUGCGCCAGCGGAGGCCAACGCAAGUAAACAGGGAGAACCUUUGGCUGAAAACCGCACAGCGAGCCGAAUGAAGCGAGCAGCUGCAAAGCAUCUAAUAGAACGCUACUACCACCAGUUAACUGAGGGCUGUGGAAAUGAGGCCUGCACGAAUGAGUUUUGUGCUUCCUGUCCAAGUUUCCAUCGUAUGGAUAACAAUGCUGCGGCCAUAAAGGCCCUUGAGCUUUUUAAAAUUAAUGCAAAACUAUGUGAUCCUCAUCCUUCGAAGAAAGGAACAAGCACUGCCUACAUGGAAAACAGCACAAAGAGCUCUCAUAACAUCAUCUGUUGCUCAGAAACAAAAGUGAAUAAGCAAGACAUGCAGACUCAUAGAGAAGAUUUUAAAGAUGUGAAUUACCUGUCAGAGGAAAAAGUGUAUGAAAUCUUGGAAUUAUGUGGAGAGCGCAAAGAUUAUUCACCGUUGAUACGUGUUAUCGGUCGAGUUUUCUCAAGUGCAGAUGCCUUGGUGCAGAGUUUCCGAAAGGCUAAACAACAUACAAAGGAAGAGCUAAAAUCAUUACAAGGAAAGGAUGAGGAUAAAGAUGAGGAUGAGGAAGAAAAAGCUGCUUCUGCAAGGUCCAUGGAUGAUGCCGAGGCCUCUUCAUCAAGAAGCUUCAUCGGAGGCACACAGUCAAGAGAAAACAAUGUUCAUAGAUUAGGACCUGAUGAAAUAUCUAUUGAUAUUGAUGCAGUCAGACGGGUCUAUAAUAAAUUGCUUUCCAAUGAAAAGAUAGAAACAGCAUUUCUGAAUGCAUUGGUGUACUUGUCGCCAAAUGUGGAAUGUGAUUUGACUUACCAUAAUGUGUAUUCAAGAGAUCCCAAUUAUCUGAACUUGUUUGUCAUAGUCAUGGAGAACAGCAACCUUCAUAGUCCUGAAUAUCUGGAAAUGGCCCUUCCACUUUUUUGCAAAGCCAUGAGCAAGCUCCCCCUCCCAGCUCAAGCCAAAUUAAUUCGCUUAUGGUCAAAAUACACUGCAGCCCAAAUCCGUCGGAUGGUGGAAACAUUUCAGCAGCUCAUUACGUAUCGGGUCAUAAGUAAUGAAUUCAGUAGUCGAAACCUGGUGAAUGAUGAUGACGCUGUCGUUGCUGCUACAAAAUGCUUAAAAAUAAUGCACUAUGCAAACAUUAUUGCAGGAGAUGUGGAUACAGGGCACAAUGAGGAAGAGGACGAUGAGGCAGUUGCUGAAUCCAGUGAAAUUACUUUGCAAGAGCUACUGGGUGAAGAGCGGAGAAAUAAAAAAGGACCCCGAGUGGAUCCCCUCGAAACCGAGUUGGGUGUGAAAACAAUCGAUUGCCGAAAGCCCCUUGUUUCUUUUGAAGACUUUAUUAAUGAACCACUAAACGACGUACUAGAGAUGGAUAAAGACUAUACUUUCUUCAAAGUCGAAACGGAGAAUAAAUUCUCAUUUAUGACCUGUCCCUUCAUUCUAAAUGCUGUAACCAAGAAUUUGGGACUUUACUAUGACAAUAGGAUACGCAUGUAUAGUGAGCGGCGAAUCACUGUUCUUUACAGCCUUGUCCAGGGGCAACAACUGAACCCUUACCUUCGACUUAAAGUCCGACGUGACUACAUUAUAGAUGAUGCACUUGUUCGGCUGGAGAUGAUUGCCAUGGAAAACCCUGCAGAUCUGAAGAAACAGCUCUAUGUAGAAUUUGAAGGUGAACAAGGUGUGGAUGAAGGAGGCGUUUCCAAAGAGUUUUUUCAGCUUGUUGUGGAAGAAAUCUUCAACCCUGACAUUGGAAUGUUCACAUAUGAUGAGUCUUCAAAAUUGUUCUGGUUCAACACCUCCUCGUUUGAGACCGAGGGACAGUUUACUCUAAUUGGCAUAGUUCUUGGCCUGGCUAUUUACAACAACUGUAUACUGGAUGUGCAUUUUCCUAUGGUCGUUUACAGAAAAUUGCUGGGCAAAAAGGGAACGUUGCGUGACCUGGAAGACUCUCACCCGGUCUUGUUUCAAAGUUUGAAAGAACUUCUUGAAUAUGAUGGCUGUGUCGAGGAUGACAUGAUGAUCACUUUCCAAAUAUCACAAACUGACUUGUUUGGAACUCCGGUGAUGUGUGAAUUAAAGGACAAUGGAAAUCAGAUUCCGGUGACAAAUGAAAACAGAAAGGAAUUUGUUGAACUUUAUACAGAGUAUAUUCUCAACAAAUCAGUAGAAAAGCAGUUUAAAGCCUUUCGAAGAGGUUUCCAUAUGGUAACCAAUGAGUCGCCGCUCAAGUAUUUAUUCCGACCAGAAGAGAUUGAGCUACUAGUCUGUGGAAGUCCGAACCUAGAUUUUCAAGCACUAGAAGAUACUACAGAGUACGAUGGUGGAUAUUCCAAGAAUUCUCGUAUUGUAAGGGAAUUCUGGGAAAUAGUCCAGGCAUUUUCGGAUGAGCAAAAACGACUCUUUCUGCAGUUUACAACAGGCACAGAUCGAGCACCGGUUGGUGGCCUUGGGAAACUUAAGAUGAUCAUCGCUAAGAACGGACCAGAUUCUGAGAGGUUACCGACAUCUCACACAUGUUUUAAUGUCCUCCUACUCCCUGAGUAUUGCAACAAGGAAAAGCUCAGUGAGAGACUACUAAAGGCCAUUACCUAUGCCAAAGGGUUUGGCAUGCUGUAAAAGAUAUGAAUGUAAAGCGUGUGAUAAAAAGUAAAAUGAUGG